CUGGCUCCGAAAAUACUGGAACACAGUUGUUUUAGUGUUAUAGAAGUUGGGUUUUUCUGGUGCCUAAUGAUUGUCUUCUCUGAAUCGGUCUUCCGCUGAAAUAGAUUAAAACAGAAAACCGUCUGACUCGUUGUGGGUAUCAAAACACUCUGUUAUUAAACAGUUUUUUAUCGUUCUGAAGCUCUGAUUUUUAGUGGGAUGAAGAUAGUACAGGCUAAUUCCGGUGUGCUUACUAAUUUCGACGUGCUCAAAUUUCUAGAAUCUAGAGGGGCUUCUGAAGAUUCAGCACGGGUUUUUUCUGACGUAACGCCAUCAGAGAAUAAGGUUUAUGGUUAUUUGUUUGGGACUCCUGCUCGUGGUCAAACAACGGAGAAUAUCAAUGAGUUCAAGGAAAAGUGUAAGAAGUAUGACCUAGCGGAAGCUGAGGUGCUCAAUAUCAUCAACACUAGGCCAUCUAGCAUUGUUGGAAUCUACCCGCUUAUUGAGAAUUGCGACUUGCGUUUAGGAGAUACUGUUGAAGAGCUGGUAGAAUUGGUAGUAGAGGUGUUUCCAUCUCCUCUUCCAGCAAAGACUGUCGAAAAUGAUGCAAAAACCACAAAUGUGGAAAAAAUUGAAGACCAGAAUGAUAACGAUGAAGGGAAACCAGAAAAUGAGGAAGAAAUGGAGACAAUCGAUGGGUCUUAGGACUGGCCGUUAAUCUUUUCUUAAAAGUUUUGUGUUCAAAAGCGUUCCAAUACCAAUACCAAUGUUGGAAGACACAUGAAUUUUUGAACUUGUGGGUUUGAGAGCAAGUUUAUCAUGUUCUAUGUGAUUCUUUCCUUUUGUUUUUACAUGUACAAGCGAUAAUGAAGGAAGGAGGUUUUGGUAUUAAGCA